AUGUUUUUCUUCAAAGAUCUUUCCCUUAACAUCACUCUGCAUCCGUCCUUUUUCGGUCCUCAAAUGAAGCAGUAUCUGAGGACGAAAUUGCUGCAGGAAGUGGAAGGAACAUGUACUGGUAAGUUCGGGUACAUUUUGUGCGUUUUGGACUGUGAAAACGUGGAAAUAGAACGUGGAAGAAUUCUGCCGGGAGACGGAUCUGCUGAGUUUACCGUAAAAUAUAGAGCAGUGGUAUGGAAGCCAUUCAAGGGUGAGGUCGUGGAUGGCGUGGUAUCUAGUUGCACCAACUUAGGUUUUGAGGUCGAUGUAGGUCCAUUGUCGGUAUUCGUAUCGCCAUUCCUCAUGCCUGAAGACCUCUCAUACAACAGUGGGUCAAAUCCACCCUCAUACCAAAGUUCGGAACAGAUUAUUACCAAAGGCUCCAGAGUAAGGCUAAAAAUUGUGGGUGCUAGAAGCGAAGUUAACUCGAUUUACGCAAUCGGAAGUAUCAAGGAAGACUACCUUGGUGUUAUAUGA